AUGACACUCGUAAUCAAAGCAAGACCAGUUGUGGAAGACAAAGGUACAAGGUUCAACGAUCCAAUAAAUGCCAGUGUGAGAGUCCGCAUGGAGAAGGAGUUGGAAGGGCAUAGGGCUAAGUUAUCCUAUGAAGACAUUCAACAUGCAGUGAAGAGAAGAUUCCAAGCUGCAAGAACCAUCUAUCUACAGCAGAAUAGAGAUGAAACACAAAAAACUGCUGUUAAGAACAAGAAGAAAAUGACUUCAAGAUGGCACCAUAAAACCAAAAGUCGGUCAAAGGUCCUUCCAUUAAUGACAGGUUGGAGUGAAGCCAAGAAAGAGAGGGUAAAGAGUAUAUUGUUGGACGAGUUCAUAUCUAGUGAUGAAAGUGACGUAGAAGGAGAACAAAAUGGAAAGGCAAGGCUAAAGACUGCAAGAAAACUAACCUGGGAAAGCCAGAGGUUGAGAAAAUAUAAAAAUGAAUUUGAUACUGCAUAUCUGAAAACGCUAUCUAAAGCAGCAAAGAAAACCUUUUGCAUACCAACACGUAAUGAUGCUGUUAGAUCUUCUAGAACUCCCCAAGAAAAUGCCCCAGAGUGGGCAAUUUCAUCGGAUUGACAACAAAGACAAUGAGUUUCAUAAAAUGGUAGACUAGGCUAUAACUUGUGUUCUAACUUGUAUUCAAAUAUUACUGUGUCUUACCAAACCCAAUGUCCUGUUUAAGAACCCCUAUUCUUACUUUCGAAAAUGGACUCUUGUAAUACUAUACCACAUGAAUCUAC